AUGUCGAUGCUAUAUAAAUUGGAUAGUACAGUACAGGAAGACGAAGAUGAUAAUAAUGUAACAUUUCGUCUAUAUGGUACAAAUGCAAUGGUAAAAGAAGCAUUAACAAAUACAGAUACAAAUGAUAAUACAACAACUGUUAUAGUUGGGUAUAAAUCACCAGAUAGUACUGAUAUUGAUAAGAAUACCACUAAAAUUAUUAGUAUUAAUGAUGAAACAUCACCAACAUCAUCAUCAUCGGUUAACUGUAAUGAUCAUAAUUAUGAAGUUAAUUUCGAUACAACCGUUUCAGCAUCUGUUGUAUUGUCCAAGAAACGUACCAUAUCCAGUAGUAAAGUUACCGAUGGUGAUCACGUACAAACUAGUUAUUAAAUUGACGUUGAUUUUGAUUUGCACAAGGUGAAGUUUGAAUCUUGA